AUGCGUAGUUUAUCUAUCUACUUCUCUAUUUUGAUGAUUAACCUAAAUUUUAUCAGUCCUCAUAAUCAAAACAUACCUAUACGUGCGGGAUUCGAACUCGCUACCAUAAAGCAGUUAUCGAAGUUGUCGUUAUUGUAUUAUUACAAUUAAAUAGAUACCUAUAUUACAUUUUGUAUUUUUUUCUUUCCAUUAAGAAUAUUAAGUGAAUUCUGAGUUUUAUUCUAGCUUCCUUCUUAAAACUAAAAUGUCGCUGACGACAGAGAUAUGAUAAUAAAGAUUAAUACACUUAGGUAGAGCAUGUGGUAAUGACUAGCGGUUGCGUGUCGAAGUCGAUGUAAGUGAGAUCACAAAUUCCAUGAUGUUACCUACUUGCUCUCAGAUUCACAAUCAGUACACUGGUAUUUGCCAGCAAGAGCAAGAUCUUCUAUGAACACUAUUUUUGUAAAUAUGUCGGUUGGUGAAUCUCCCAAGUCUUUUUUAAAAGGAUAUUUGUUUCUAGCUAAUGUUUUGAAUUCAGCAAAAAUAGAUAAACUUGUGGUACCAGCAAUAGUGCAGAGCGGUUCGACGAACGUGGUGCUAGACUGUCAAUAUUCCGUGCCGGACCAUCACUUCACACUGCAGUGGUGGUUCAGCGGCGGCGACGCCCCUGUGUACGAGUGGACGCCGCCCCUUGCACCCCGAGUGACCGGGAUAUUAAAAGGACGACUUGAUUUAUCAUAUAAAGUUUCACCAUUGGCUACAGAAGAAUAUCGCGCAAUGAGAAUAUUCCAAGUGGACCCCCAGUUGAGUGGAGAAUACACAUGUGUGGUAAACUAUAAUGGAGUAAAGUCGCAGGAAACAAAAAGUAUGCAAGUGUUAGCACCAGAAAAGGAGUUUGAAUUACUAUUUGAACUCAAGUUCAAUCGCCUAGUGGAAGUCACGUGCUAUGCCCAAUCUGUUCAUCCUCAGCCAGAUUUAACAGUUGAAUAUAACAGAGAGCCGAUAUCACAGCAAACGCAACGUGUAUGGCGUAGACAAAAUUUGCUGUAUGAUGUUGAGAGUACAGCACAGUUGAUGGUCCCCGAGUGUGGCGACAGGCUGGAAGUGACGUGUCGCUUACACUUACCUCAAGCCGACUACACAGCUAUAAAAAGAAGACUCCUACACAUCGGUACACUAGUUCCAUGCAAUCUUGGCUGGAAAGGUAAUCCAUCUAACAUCGGAUUUUCGUUACUAAUUUUGUUUGUUCCAAUUGUAUUUUAGAUUGGCAUAUAAUAUUGUGUACCUGCUCAGCGCGCGUUUACCUACUGUCUGU